AUGGAGAGCUCUGCCAAGAUGGAGAGCGGCGGCGCAGGCCCGCAGCCCUUCCUGCCGCCCGCAGCCUGCUUCUUUGCCACGGCCGCGGCGGCGGCUGCGGCGGCAGCGGCGGCGCAGAGCGCGCAGCAGCAGCCGCCGCCGCAGCCGCAGGCGCCUCAGCUGAGCCCCGCGGCCGACGGCCAGCCCUCAGGGGGCGGUCACAAGUCAGCGCCCAAGCAAGUCAAGCGACAGCGCUCGUCCUCGCCCGAACUGAUGCGCUGCAAACGCCGGCUCAACUUCAGCGGCUUCGGCUACAGCCUGCCGCAGCAGCAGCCGGCCGCCGUGGCGCGCCGCAACGAGCGCGAGCGCAACCGCGUCAAGCUGGUCAACCUGGGCUUCGCCACCCUUCGGGAGCACGUCCCCAACGGCGCGGCCAACAAGAAGAUGAGCAAGGUGGAGACGCUGCGCUCCGCCGUCGAGUACAUCCGCGCGCUGCAGCAGCUGCUGGACGAGCACGACGCGGUGAGCGCCGCCUUCCAGGCGGGCGUCCUGUCGCCCACCAUCUCCCCCAACUACUCCAACGACAUGAACUCCAUGGCCGGGUCGCCGGUCUCAUCCUACUCGUCGGACGAGGGCUCCUACGACCCUCUCAGCCCCGAGGAGCAAGAACUGCUCGACUUCACCAACUGGUUCUGA